CCGAGGAGAGCAAAAACUGAGAUCCAUAUCUUCUUCUUUGUUCCUGCAUCGCCCAACUCUUUUACUUCAAUUUAGCUGAAUUUGGAGUAGUUCUAACUUCAAAUCCAGAUACUAAAUUCUCAAAAUGAGUGACAGUGAUGAUGAUGAGCUGUUGCAGAUGGCGUUGAAAGAGCAAUCGCAAAGGGAUGUGAACUACACAAGGCCAUCUCAAUCGAGAUCUUCAAAACCCGUAGUCAAUUUUGUUCAACCGCCGUCAAAUCAUAGGUCUGCUAAAAACCCUAAUCCUAUGACUACCACAAAAUCACAACAUCGUCGGAACGCCACGGAGGAUGAUGAGGACUCUGAGGUGGAAAUGCUUAGUAUUUCUUCUGGGGAUGAAGAUUCGGUUAAUGAUCGGAAGGUCGGGGCCAGGAAUCGGGCCAGAGGCACGGGUAGAGGUGGUGGGAAGGAUGAUGAUAAACUUUGGGUUGGGGAGGAGCCUGAUUCUUGGAAGCGAGUGGAUGAAACAGAGCUUGGUAGAAGGGUCCGUGAGAUGAGGGAGACCAGAACAAUUCCAACAACUCAAAAGUUUGAGAAGAAACCAUCAGUGGCAAUAAAGGGGCUCAAUAAAUUACAGUCUUUCCCUCGUGGCAUGGACUGUGUAGAUCCUCUAGGACUUGGUGUUAUAGACAACAAAACAUUGAGGUUGAUCAAUGAAUAUACAGCAAGUUCUCCAUCCAAGUCUGACAAAGUAGAUUCUGAUGUUCGAGAUAGAUUGAUGUAUUUCUCCGAGAGAUUUGAUCCACAAUUAUUCUUAUGCCGGGUGCACCAAGAUACAGCUGCAGCAGACUUGGAGGCUGGUGCGUUGGCUUUGAAAACUGAUCUGAAAGGACGGACUCAACAGAGAAAACAAUUGGUCAAAGAAAAUUUUGAUUGCUUUGUCUCUUGCAAAACAACGAUUGAUGAUAUCGAGUCAAAACUGAGAAGAAUAGAAGAAGAUCCUGAAGGCUGUGGAACCUCUCAUUUAUAUAGUUCCAUCCAGGGAGUUACUUUAGUUGCUAAUCGUGCUUUUGCACCCCUACUUGAAAGACAGGCUCAAGCAGAGAAGAUUAGGUCAGUUCAAGGAAUGCUUCAGAGGUUCCGUACUUUAUUCAAUUUACCAAGUGCAAUUCGUGGCAACAUUAAUAAGGGAGAAUAUGACUUGGCAGUCAGAGAGUACAGGAAAGCAAAGUCAAUUGUCCUCCCUUCUCAUGUUGGAAUAUUGAAACGUGUGCUUGAGGAGGUUGAAAAGGUGAUGCACGAGUUCAAAGGCAUGCUUUACCGGUCUAUGGAAGAUCCACAGAUAGACCUAACAAAUCUUGAAAAUGUCGUGAGACUUUUAUUGGAGCUGGAACCCGAGUCAGAUCCUAUACGUCAUUAUCUAAAUAUACAGAAUCAUAGGAUCCGAGGUUUGCUUGAAAAGUGCACAUUUGAUCAUGAAACAAGAAUAGAGAACUUGCAAAAUGAACUACGUGAGAAAGCACUAUCGGAUGAAAAGUGGAGGAAAAUUCAGCAUGAAUUAAACGAAUCUGGUGAUGUUGAUAUGCCUCUCCCUCAUAUGAAUAAUUCGUUGACGGUUGAUUCACAACCAAGAGAUUCAGGUGCUGAAGAGCUUGAUGCUCUUCGAGGAAGGUACAUACGAAGAUUAACUGCUGUGCUUGUCCAUCACAUACCGGCCUUCUGGAAGGUUGCCCUUUCUGUUUCAAGUGGGAAAUUUGCAAAGUCUUCCCAAGUCACUGCUGAACUGAAUAUUACUACUUCAGUGACAAAAACCGAGGAAAAGAUGGGAGACAACAAAUAUUCAAGUCAUUCUCUUGAUGAAGUGUCUGGCAUGAUACAAAAUACUAUAUCUGCAUAUGAAUCCAAGGUUCACAACACAUUUCUUGAUCUUGAAGAGUCGAAUAUUCUUCAGCCAUAUAUGAAUGACGCAAUAACAGCUAUAUCUAAAGCAUGUGAAGCUUUUGAAGCAAAAGAAGCAGCACCGUCGAUUGCAGUUGCAGCUUUGCGGACACUUCAGUAUGAUAUCACAAAAAUUUACAUACAAAGGCUUAGUUCAUGGAUGAGGGCUUCAACCGAAGAAAUAUCAAAACACGAAUCAUGGAUCCCUGUGUCUGUUCUAGAAAGAAACAAAUCUUCAUACACAAUUUCUCACUUGCCUUUAGCAUUCCGUUCAGUUAUGGCGACAGCAAUGGAUCAGAUAGAUAUGAUGAUGCAGUCUUUAGGGAGUGAAGCAACAAAGUCAGAAGACGCCUUUAUGCUGCUUCAAGAAACUCAAGAAUCUGUUAGGCUUUCAUUUUUGAACUGUUUGCUUGAUUUUGCUGGUCAUCUGGAGCAGACUGGAAGCAAGCUCAGUCAGAAUAGAUCAUAUAAAGAAAGCCCAUCCUUCCAAAAUGGAUAUCCUCUUGAUCUAGAAGAAAAUUCAUUUGAUCCUCUCCCUGGAAGUAUUACUCAUCCACACCAACAGCUGUUGAUGGUCUUGAGUAACCUUGGAUUUUGCAAGGAUGAUCUUUCUCAUGAAAUGCACGAUAAAUACAAACACAUCUGGAUGCAGACCAGGGUGAAAGAUGAUGAGGACAAUGAUAUGGAAGAUUUGGUUAGGUCUUUCUCUGGGCUUGAAGAGAAAGUCCUUGCACAAUAUACKAUUGCWAAGGCAAAUCACAUUAGAACAGCUGCUGUGAACUAUUUGUUGGAUGCUGGAGUACAAUGGGGUGGAGCACCUGCAGUGAAAGGUGUGCGGGAUGCUUCUGUGGAGUUACUGCACACUCUUGUAGCUGUGCAUGCAGAGGUCUCUGCUGGUUGUAAACCCUUGCUGGACAAGAUACUUCGUGUUCUCGUCGAAGGCCUAAUUGACACGUUACUCAGCCUUUUUCAUGAACAUAAAGACACUGAUAUAAGGAUAUUGGAUGCAAAUGGUUUCUGCCAGCUCAUGCUUGAGCUUGAAUACUUGGAGACGAUAUUAAACCAGUAUUUCACUCCCGAUGCGGGUGAAUCUCUCAAGUCAUUACAAGGAGUAAUAUUGGAGAAAGCCACCGAGAGCUCGUCCGAAGCCAGUGAUACUCCAAAGCAUCGUCGCCGUGCAACACGUGGAAGUGACGAUUUGCUUGCAGAUGACGGCGUAUCACCAGAUGAGCUGAUCGCCCUCGCCCAACAGUGUAGCAGUGAGCUGCUAGAAUCGGAGCUCAACAGGACUCGGAUCAACACAGCUUGUUUUGGCGACUCRCUUCCAUUGGACUCUACAGCAGCUAAAGCUGGAGCUGGUUAUGGUUCAUUUAGAGAUUCUCCAAGCAGGAAUUAUGGAGGCAAGCAGGGUGUGGGUGUGGGUGUGGGGCCCCCAAGUUUUUCAAGGCAAAAAAGGAGAUGAGUUAUUAUUGUAUUAAAUACAUGAGAGGUCAACUGCAAUUGUAUUUGUGUGUAGAUGUUUUCCCUUAUUUUGUUACAAAAAUUAGCAUUCUUUCAACUUGUGCUGUUUGAAGGGUUUUUGUACAUACCAAACCGAAUCAUGCUACUUUGCCCCAUGUAAUUUUUGGCAUCAGUUUUAUGUUCAUUGGUCUCUUUAUUCUCUUCCUACCA